AUGAUCUCUGAUGAAGAUGUUACUGCAGUCCGACGCCUGUCGGGAGAUAUGUGGUCGGUCAAUCUGGUUUCAGUCGGUACCCUGGCAUGGCUAGCGUAUGAUUCGAUUAUCACAUCUGUGGACGAACUUCGUCUCAUCUGGCCAAGUCGAUGGUCGAUGACGAAGGUUCUCUACCUACUGCUAAGAUAUCUGACCCUUAUAUCCCUGAGUGCUGGUGCAACCCUUACAAGCGCACUGGGCUCGGUGAUCCUCGUCUUGAGAUUGUAUGCUUUGUAUGAUCAGAACUGGAGAGUUCUCGCGUUAUGCGUUACUUUGCUGACCGCGGAUAUGGCUGUUUUGCUGGUGGCCGCCUGCUUCGACGUGUUGCAUACCCGGGCGGUCACAAGCGAAUCCGAACUACACGUCUUGCUACCCGGAUGCUUUUAUACGGGGCAAGGAUUCACCCGCCUACAAACCGUACCUUCGCUGACCGAGUCCGUCGUACACGCGAUCUUUUUCGCCCUGACCCUCCGCAAAUUUAUGGCAAACGUUAGGCAUAGGCUGCACCUCCGGCACAUGGCGCCGAUGCUCAACCUCUUCAUGCGCGACAGUGCGAUGUACUUCCUCGCGCUGCUCGCCAACGCGCUCUUCUUCCUCGUGUUCUACAUCAAGGAGGGGAACGUGCAGCGGCAGGUGCAGCUGCUCGGCAUGCCGCUCGUCAUGGCCAACAACGCGAUCGUCGCCACUCGGCUCGUGCUCAACCUCCGGCGUGAGGCGGCGAGGCCGUUUCGGAUCAAUAACGGAGAGGAGGACGUUACUGUCGAGCUAUCGAGGAUCGAAUUCAAGGCGCCGUCGCUGCCCGGAAAGGAGAGUGUCCCUCGUGUUGUGAUAAUCACCACUUCUCGUGCGCAGGACGGACUAGACAAAGUGAUCGUUAUUCAUCUUUCGUGA